GGUGUUCACGCGCAGCCUCUUUCUGUGCACUGGUCGUCAGCUCUGGUUAACAGGUCUGCGACCGAGCAGAGGAGCAGAGGAGCCGCUUCUUUUGCAUAAUCAUCCGUCGUGCACUCCGUGUUCUCUGCAUGGAGGAAAAGAUAGACUGGAUAGAUAUACAUAUUUUGGUGGCGCAACAGAGCGCACAGCUUGUUCCACUAAGACCAGACCAGUCCAGGCUGAGGCUGCUUGCUGCUCAUCUGGCAGCAGGUUGAUUGUAGGUAAACAGUUAGUGGUGUGUAUAUAUAUAUAUAUAUAGGCUCUACAAGGUGCUGAGAGGUGAGGAAAAGUGACUGUGACUCGGGAUGCUCGGCCAAUCUCCUCACCUUAUCGGAGGCAUCUUGUGGAUCCAGAAUCCAAUGAGAGCUGUUCACUGCAACUUGAGCCAGAAUGGCAUCGACCACCAGAUGUGCCCGGAGGACAUGACGUCACAGCUGGAGGAGGAGGAUGAGUCGGUUGACGCGGGGGCUGUGCUGCUGGACGACGACAGCCUGAGCUACCGGGACGUCAGCCCCCCCAUGUACCAGCGCCGCUCGCCACCACACCGCUCCGUCUCCGAGUCGGAGCUGUCACGGCCAGGAUAUGUGAAGCUGUCCAAGCCGGUGGCCCUGUGGACCCAACAGGACGUGUGCAAAUGGCUGAAGAAACACUGUCCCAACCAGCACCAGAUCUACAGCGACUCCUUCAAACAGCACGACAUCACAGGGCGGGCUCUGAUGAGAUUGACGGACAGAAAGCUGGAGAGGAUGGGUAUCAUGCAGGAAGCCCAGAGGCAGCACAUCCUGCAGCAGGUCCUGCAGCUCCGCGUCCGGGAGGAAGUCAGGACCCUUCAACUUCUCACACAAGCCUCUCUGGAGUGCUCUCCAUCUUCACCAUAGCCUGACGGAGGAGGACUAUCCAGUCAGAUGCCCGCCGCCUUGCCGACAUCCACCCAAUAUGUGAUGACUUCUUCGUGGAACAAUCCCAGCACUCCGUCUCGCACCUUUUGGUCUCCAUCCUCAUCGAUUUAGAUCUGGAAAAAAAGAACCUCCUGCUGUCUUCCCAGCCGCUCCUGAGAAGCUCCCACGAGUUCUGACUUGCCGUUUCCUCGUAGUCCAAACAACUCGUCACAGCUUCCUGGAACAUGACCAAUAGUUUCCAUUACGGGCGUCCCAUCUCCAGUCAUUCCUGACCUUUGCAGCCAAACCUCCACCAGACCUCUCACGCUACAACUCCUACACUCCUCUCAGAACCACUUUGCUCCCUCUCCCUCAAGAUCCACGCCGACAGCCGAGCCCUUCCAGCAAUGAAUCUACCCACAAUUCAACUCCUGCCUUGGCUGGGUUUCCUAAAAGCAAAGAUAAUCUCUGCACCGUUGCCGUGUGAUUGGACGAUAGUUUUAGGCAUGUGGGCUGAUUUGCUUUUAGGGAAACCCACCCUACCCUUACAGUAAAGAGUGACACCUGUAAUCCACUCCUGCAUUCAAACUCAAACGCAGUCUCUUGAGCUACAUCCACACUAAUACGUUUUAAAACUCAUAACUUUUGCUACGUUUCUGCCUAGUGUCCACACUACUCCGGCGUUUUUGAGCCACUAAAAGAGACAUUUAAAAACGCUGCUGACCCCGUUUAAGUUUUAAAACUCCUGGGUUGCAUUUUAGUCUGGACGGAGAGAAACGGAGACCUCUGAAAGCGAUGACUCUGACACCAACGUUCUUUUCCUGAUUGGCUCUUAUGAGUCAUGACGUGUCCUGCCCUGAUUCGUCAUGCCCCAUCACGUGAACCUUUUCCGGAAAAAAACAAUAUAAAUGUAAAUCAACUUUAAUUGUCACAGAGAACAUUGUACACAUAACCUGGCAGCCCUUAUUUUACCAUAUCAGUAUCUUCACUUUAAAACUGAACCCGCUAAAACCUGAAAAUCACAAUUUGUGUUAAUGUGUUGAAGAAAUUAGUGGUAUAAAACGCGUUAUUAUCGGGUUAUCUUUGACAACGCUAGUUUUAAAACGGCGUUUAAAAACGAAAACGUAUUAGUGUGGAUGUAACCUUGGUCUGUUUGUGGCAUGUUAGCUCCUCCAUUGUGGCACCUAAAUAUGUAUUUUCUCCCAUGAUGCACUGCUGAGGACUUUCAGUAGUGGCAACAUCCACAAUACCCCUACUACUAUACACACCUCUCCUUCCCUUAACCCUCCUCUUUAUCUCCUCUCCACAACCGCAAAGGGGGUGACACAUUUUACACAACCAUACGUGAGUGUUUGUGCUCUUCAUUGUGUGCAUAGAUCCUGUAAACGGUGUUGGACAAUGCCCCGGUGAAGUAGCCACAUCCCCCCCUCACUUUUUUUGCCCUCUCCAUGUUGUGGAUCGCUCUCUUAGGUUAGACAGUAAAACCUGAGAGAACUUCACUGUGAAAACAACCAACAGUUAGUCGGGGAAUAAACCCGACAUCGUUGUGAAAAGCAAUCUGAAGGAGAUGAAGCAGAACCUUGAGGGGGGGGGGGAUGAACUGCGAGAAGGAAAUUCCCUCGGCAUCCCUAAAAGCACUGUGCUAGUAGGUAAACCGGGAAAAAAAAAUGGAAAGGGAGUGGCUGACAGAAGAAAAAAAAAAAAGGAGCAAGGACAGCAAAAGGGCUC